AUGCCGUCAAGACCCUUCCCUCCCACUAGUCCCAGCAAAACCAAGACCCUCUUCCUAGCACUCACCAUUUCAGCUUGUGUUGUGAUUCUCUGCUCAAUCCUCUACUUCCUCUACCAUCUGUGGCUUUCUCUUGUUCACAGAGCUAAGACUAUCCCCUUUGAUGCAAGUGCUCCCUUGAAGCUCCAAAGGUUCUCCUACAAAGAUUUAAAACAAGCCACCAAUGACUUUGCCACUGUCAAUGUAAUUGGCAAAGGCGGCUCUGGCACUGUUUUCAGAGGAGUACUUAAAGACGGCAAGUUAAUUGCCAUCAAGCGCCUGGACGCAUUGUCUUUGCAGUCAGAGAGAGAGUUUCAAAACGAGCUGCAGAUUCUUGGAGGGUUAAGGUCACCAUUCUUGGUGACCCUGUUGGGUUACUGUGUGGAAAAGAACAAAAGAGUGCUGGUGUAUGAGUAUAUUACCAACAGAAGCUUGCAGGAGUCCCUCUUCGGAGAUGGGGGUUUGAGUUUGAGUUGGGAGAGCAGGUUUUGUAUAAUAUUGGAUGUUGCUAGAGCUUUGGAGUUCUUGCACCUUGGAUGUGAUCCUCCAGUGAUCCAUGGUGAUAUCAAGCCAAGCAAUGUUCUGCUUGAUGCCGACUGGCGUGGGAAGAUCUCUGACUUUGGCUUGUCAAGGAUAAAGGUGGAGGGUGAGUUUGGUGUUGACUUGUUUAGCCAAGACCUGGGGAGGAGCCAGGAUCUAUGGAAAAGCCAAGAGCUUUCAGGUAAUUUGACUAAUUUGACUGCAGAAACUCCUGCUAUUGGUACUCCAGUUGAGAGUGUUAGUGAAGUAGAUUUUGCUCUAGCUUUGCAAGCUUCUUCUUCAUCUAAAAAUAGUAGGACUUGCUUUAAUGUUAAAGCUUUGAACUUGAAUUCUUUGAAUUAUAAUGCCAAUAUUGCCAGUGAAAGUGAAAUCAGGAGUGUAAAUGCAAAGGGUAAGGAAAUUUCAGCUUUGGAUAGGGAUGAUUGGAAUGGUAAGUUCUUUCCUUAUGAUGAUGAGCUUUCUAGCAUUGAUUAUAGUAAGGAGUUAACAGUGAAUGCUUCUCCUCUGGUGGAUGAUGAGAAGGCAAAUGGGACACAAUGGGGAAAGGACUGGUGGUGGAGACAGGAUGGAAGCGGAGAGUUAUGUAGUAAAGACUACGUUAUGGAGUGGAUAGGGAGUCAGAUUUGUCCAUCAAACCCUGAUUGGGAUCAUGGUAAAAACAAUGUUCAUGAGAAAGUGGAGUUGGAAAAUUCAGGUCCAAAGGAUAAAGACCAUGAUGCAAUUGCACCCCAAUCCCAGGUGUUAGGAAUAGGACACAAUACUACAGAUAAUGGUGUUGAGAAAAAAGACUCAAGGGGAAAGAAAAAUCACAAAAAGAAACACCGGAAGAUGCAAGAGUGGUGGAGAGAAGAGCAUCUCGCUGAAUUAAGCAAGAAGACCAAUAAACUGAAAAAUCUUCAUACGAAAUGGAAGAAAGGCAUGAAAGUGCCCCAUUUUGGUUUGGGUAGAAGGUUUUAUCUUUGCAGGCGUAGUAAGUAUGGAGAGGAAGGUGAGGAUGAAUGUGAUCAAAAUGGGGAGUUUAGCUUCAGAAGAGGCUGGAAGAAGAAAAGUACUCGUUCCAUUGGAAGUGACAUGUGGAGUGGAGAUCUUUUCAGCCGCGAGCUCAGCAGCACAACUAGCAUGCGAGGGACACUCUGUUAUGUGGCACCAGAAUAUGGAGGGUGUGGAUUCUUGAUGGAGAAAGCUGAUAUUUAUAGUUUUGGAGUUUUGAUUCUUGUAAUUGUGUCAGGUAGGAGGCCCUUACAUGUUCUUGCAUCACCCAUGAAGCUAGAGAAAGCUAACCUAAUAAGCUGGUGUAGACACUUGGCUCAAACUGGUAACAUUUUAGAACUAGUGGAUGAGAGAUUGAAAGAAGACUACAACAAGGACCAAGCAAGCCUGUGUAUCAAUUUGGCCCUCACCUGCUUACAGAAAAUUCCUGAGUUGAGGCCAGAUAUUGGGGAUAUUGUUAAGAUUUUGAAGGGUGAGAUGGAUCUUCCACCACUUCCAUUUGAGUUCUCCCCUUCUCCACCUUCCAAACCAUACGGAAAAUCAAGAAGAAAACAGAAGAGCACUGCAGAAUAG